AUGUCAACGGCGCCUCGGGAUCUUUCUGCGAGGCUGAGAAGCUUGGGCCUGAGGAAGAUCCUUCUUAAACAGGAGGAGAUGAUAGAAGCAGCCGCGAGGAGAGAACGUCCGACUGUCCGCGGCCACAUCCAUUCCCAGAGGGCCUUCUUUUACUCCACGCUUCUCGCUUUGGGCAAGGCCGACGCCCGCCCGAAAGAAUUGAAGGUUGCAGGCAAUUCAAGUUUUGGCUUCCACUGUAAAGCAUUGCAUAUCCCAGCACGCAUUGCCCUGUCGGUCAUCCCAGUCCUUGCACAGCUCGAGAGCCUCCGCCUCAGUGUUUCUCCUGGCAGCAAUGUAGGACCAGUUCUGUGCCCAAGUCUUACUGGUGUGAAGAAGCCUCAAGGAAUCUCGACGUAUGAUGUUCGCGUCUUUCUGCAGCAUGUGACUCGACUGCACAACCUAAGUCUUACUCUCAACAGCCUCGAGAAUCUGUACGACGGCUUCGUCGAAUGGCUCGCGUCAGUUCCUGCUUCUGAGGGAGCUACUCUAGGUGCUCUGCCGCAAUCGCCCCCAGCUAUCACUUUCAGCUACCUUCAAGAACUAUCUCUCCGACUUAUUUACGGAAUCCGUGUGCAAGCCUUGCUUUCGGUGGCACGAAACUUUGCUCCGACGUUGCAGAAAUUGCAGCUUCAUCAGGUGCAUCUGGAAACAAGGCUGCAGGACCAUGCGUCGACUCCCAGGGCCCCGGGCAGCGUUUGGGUGGAAUUCCUUAAAUCGCUGGAAACCGAGUUGAGUGACGAGCUGCGGCACCUGCAUCUUAGGGAUGUGACGGAAACAGAACACAUCGGCCUCACACACCACACUCCUCGAGCUCCCCGCGACGUGAAGUUCCAUAAAGGGCAGAAGCACUACAGAACGUGUCUUUACUCCGGCCCUGCGAUGAAGCAGGCCCUCGAAGCGAUGGUUCAUUAUAUCGAAGGCGACACUAGUUAG